CCCUCCACCUCGUAGAAGCUCUAGAAGUCCUCUUCCUCCUCACUUUUCUAGAACUUCUUUGAGUCGCCGACUAUCCCGAAGUCCACACAAACAGCGUCUGUCACGGAGCCCGCUUCCCCGAAGGCUUUCACACACUCCACCACCAAGAAGGUUAUCUCGCAGUCCACUGCCUCGUAGAAUUUCUAGAACUCCUCCUAGACGCAUGUCACGUAGUCCUCCACCAAGACGCUUUUCAAGGAGUCCAGUUCACAGAGGUUCAAGGACCCCACAACGUAGGAUUUCACGGAGCCCAAUUCACCCACAGGGUCCUCUUUCUAGGAGUCCUAGAAGAGGUUCCAGAAGCCCUCAUUUAUUAGGAAGAGGGAAAAUUGUGUCUCCCCAUCGAGGCACAAGAAAAGGCCCUUUUCCUAGGAACUUAAAGAAUGUCCCCCCUCCCAUAGGACUUUUACAGUCCCGGCCCCACAGAGUGCCGAAUUCCCGGGGGUCCAAAUAGGAAAUAUACUCACAAUCUCCUCCAUAUAAAGGAGCUCAAAGCCCCUCCAGAAGAGGUUUGCCAUUAAU